CUUGGAGUAGGAAAAUUCAAGCCUUCCAGCAAGGAAAACAAGCCAGCAGUUGACGUCAGUCAUCAAUCUCACCGAUCCCAUCGCUCUGUCUCUUGACUCCAGACUCGCCCAUACCUUAGUCUUCUUCCCUGUUCGCAUACGGAAAUCAUGGCAGCGCUACCCACUUCAUCCAAGACAGUCAACGACUUCCGAGAAUGGAAAGCCUUUGGCACGGGCGGGACUCCGCCGACCUGGGCCGGAUACAUGCGCAUGUCAAAACUCCGGGCUCGACGCGCCCUCUCCAAGAAUAACAACCUCCGCGAUCCGGCCCCGCUGCAAAAGACGGGGCCCUCCUACCUACCCACGGGCACCCUCCCGCUCCGCUCGGGGCCGCGCCCACGCAUGAUGCCGCGGACGCUCCCGCAGCGCCAGUACCCGGAGCCCAUCGACCCGUCCGUGCAGGCGCGGCUGCGCGCCCUCGUCCGCGACCUGGCCACCGCCCACCCGGAGCUCUUCGACCUGAUGCCCUCGCACACCGAGGGCCGUACCACGGACGGCCUGUACGCGCGCCGCAAUCUGCCCACCCUCAACCCGCUGGCGGGCGACCGCAUCCUCAGCUACGAGAUCGCGCACAUGCACCCGGCCGAGAACAGUCUGCACGUGUGGCUGAGCGAUGUCGACGCGCGCGAGGUCAUCGAGAAGGGCUGGGGCCAGCGGUUUCCCCUGCCGGCCGUGCCGCAGGGCUGGGUCAUGGUGUAUGCGCCCCGCGACGAGGCGGAGAUGGAUAUCGUGGAGGGCAUUGUGAGGGCCGCGGCGCGGUGGGUUACUGGUGUUAUGGUUUGAGAUAGCCCCUGGUUGGGCUUUAUAGUUACGACGACGAUGAUGAUGAUGACAACGAUGAUGACUCUAUAGCGAGGUUUGAGUUCUUCAAGUGAGCAGUCUGGGCGAUGUGUAUGAUACUGUAUAUUAGCUUUUUCUUUUCUGUGACGAUGAUGUCUGUCAUGAGCAAUGCACGAUUUUUUGCAUACCUUGAGAGUUACAAGGAGAUUGCCUAUACUCUCGAGGGAUGCUAGCUGAACCGAAUGGUAGGUGGGCGAUUAGUGCACGACCGUUGUUUAGUAAGUGGCUGAAACCACUGCUUGAAGUAACCCUGCAUCGCACCGAGCAGUCGGUAAAGGUGUCUGCUUUAUCAAGGGUCUGAAUAAUGAGUACAUCAAUCAGGACAAUACAAUA